AUGAAAUUGGUUGACAUUUUACUUGUACUGACUGUAGCAACAACCGUUAGUGCAAUACUUCCUCCAGCUGAUAAAUAUGGUUUUGCCAAAGCAUCAAGAACUUCAAGCCGAGUGUCUAUCCCAACCAAUGAGCCCAGUCCACAAAUUCCCGAAGAUGACUGGCAAAAAGUAAUGGAUGCAAUUAAUUCAAGCAUUCUCGACGAAAGCUGGCAAAACAUAUUUGAUCCGAUUGAUCCAAUCACUUCCAUCCAAGACCAACAGCAAUCAAUAAAUGUAGUUGGUUCAAGUACUUCCAAACGAGGUCGGAAACGGCCAAUCAAUGAAAUCAGUCCAAGUACCUUUAGCCAAGCGUCUGGCUCAACUAAUGAACCCAGUCCAAGUGCUCCAAAACAAAGUCGAAAACAACCAAUGAAUCAACCCAUUCCAAGUACUUCCAGACAGGACCAACAACAACCAAUGAUCCAUGACGAGUCUGUUAAUACUGUUACAAAUCAAAUAGCUGGAUUAAGUGAAAAAUUUCAGAGAACCUUUAAUCGUAUAAAGCAAAUGCUUGUAGAGUUUAAAGAAAUACAAAAGAAAAAACGCAAAGAAUAUCGUGAAUAUGCAAACCUCAAAUUCAGUCAGCAGCUAGCGUUAGCAAUGGGUAAAGAGAUAUCUGGACCAAGGUACGAUCCAGACACUGAAAAGCAAUUGAAACAAGAGUAUGAACAGGCAACCAAAAAAUUAAACGGUAUCAGACAACGAUUGAAGGAUUUUAUAAAAAGGCAUGGUUUGAGAUUUGAAGAACCGGAAUCAGAUUCAGAUUGA